UGUGCUGGUUGCAAUCGAAUGGAGCCAUGGGCAUCAUCGUUUACGGGAAUAGGGGCUGGACUCGUUUAUCUAGGCCUCAGCAACUUCAUGAUAAGAAUCAAAGUAGACGACCCCUUGGACGCGUUUGCAGUUCAUGCCGGUGGUGGCUUCUGGGGAUUGCUUUCGACAUGCAUCAUUUCCCACGAUGGAAUUGUUUAUGCUAUCUCUAACGCUAUAGCUAACAAUCACGGAAAGCUUUCUUGCGAACAAGCCUUCGCUCAACUCGGUUGGCAACUGGUUUGUAUAAUAGCAAUAAUCGUUUGGUCUCUUCUGUGGAUGAUCCCAAUUUUCCUCUUUUUGAGAAAGAUAGGAAAGUUACGUGUUUCUGAAGAAGUUGAGAUUAAUGGAUUGGAUAUCUAUAAACAUGGUGAAGCUGCUUAUCCCUUGCACGCUUAUGGCCACGGAUGGGACGACUACGAACCUAUCAAAGAGAAGAAAGCAGGCAAUGGGGAUCUCGGCGGUCAUGCAGAAAUUUCCUUGGAAAAGUUGGCGGCUGCCUACGAGAGAAGGACCAGUGUAGCUCCCUUGUCUUUUAACAAGUCACCAACUGCAAACGUCGGUGGACCACGAAGAAAAAGUCUCUACACCAAUCCUUCAUAUUAUGAACAUCCAGAGCAUCACUCACAAGCAAAGGAAAAGAAAAAAGUUCAAAAACGAGUAACGCAUAAUACGGUUGUCGAAGUGGAGACUGCUCCUAGCAUUCCUUCUACAGCUCACUCAUCAAGAGCUGACAUCCUCUCAGAAAUGUAUGGAGAUGGACCACAAGAAUUGGUCCGAGUCUGA